CGGGCGAUUGUGUCGGGAAGCAAAUCCGACGUAGACGGCGGCGGGCGGAGCUCAAGGCCAGUGAUGCAGGGUGCGCAGCGAUCCCACCUGGAGAGUCGGGGCGGCACGUUGAGACCCCAGGGGUGAGGGGCGGGGGAUCCAAAUCCCCGCCCUGUUUUCCCCUCCCCUUUCCCCGCCUCCUUCUCGCCCCUCCCCCCUCCUCCCCUCUGGUUGGAAAGUUUCUAGAAUCUCUUCCCAGCGGCCUUUGCGGUUCCAACAUGGCGGAGCUGACGGUGGAGGUUCGCGGCUCCAACGGGGCUUUCUACAAGGGAUUUAUCAAAGAUGUUCAUGAAGACUCCCUUACAGUUGUUUUUGAAAAUAAUUGGCAACCAGAACGCCAGGUUCCAUUUAAUGAAGUCAGAUUACCACCACCACCUGAUAUAAAAAAAGAAAUUAGUGAAGGAGAUGAAGUAGAGGUAUAUUCAAGAGCAAAUGACCAAGAGCCAUGUGGAUGGUGGUUGGCUAAAGUUCGGAUGAUGAAAGGAGAAUUUUAUGUCAUUGAAUAUGCUGCUUGUGACGCUACUUACAAUGAAAUAGUCACAUUCGAACGACUUCGGCCUGUCAAUCAAAAUAAAACUGUCAAAAAAAAUACCUUCUUUAAAUGCACAGUGGAUGUUCCUGAGGAUUUGAGAGAGGCGUGUGCUAAUGAAAAUGCACAUAAAGAUUUUAAGAAAGCAGUAGGAGCAUGCAGAAUUUUUUACCAUCCAGAAACAACACAGCUAAUGAUACUGUCUGCCAGUGAAGCAACUGUGAAGAGAGUAAACAUCUUAAGUGACAUGCAUUUGCGAAGUAUUCGUACGAAGUUGAUGCUUAUGUCCAGAAAUGAAGAGGCCACUAAGCAUUUAGAAUGCACAAAACAACUUGCAGCAGCUUUUCAUGAGGAAUUUGUUGUGAGAGAAGAUUUAAUGGGCCUGGCAAUAGGAACACAUGGUAGUAACAUUCAGCAAGCUAGGAAGGUUCCUGGAGUUACCGCCAUUGAGCUAGAUGAAGAUACUGGAACAUUUAGAAUCUAUGGAGAGAGUGCUGAUGCUGUAAAAAAGGCUAGAGGUUUCUUGGAAUUUGUGGAGGAUUUUAUUCAGGUUCCUAGGAAUCUCGUUGGAAAAGUAAUUGGAAAAAAUGGCAAAGUUAUUCAAGAAAUAGUGGACAAAUCUGGUGUGGUUCGAGUAAGAAUUGAAGGGGACAAUGAAAAUAAAUUACCCAGAGAAGACGGUAUGGUUCCAUUUGUAUUUGUUGGCACUAAAGAAAGCAUUGGAAAUGUGCAAGUUCUUUUAGAGUAUCAUAUUGCUUAUCUAAAGGAAGUAGAACAGCUAAGAAUGGAACGCCUACAGAUUGAUGAACAGCUACGACAGAUUGGUAUGGGUUUCAGACCUUCUUCCACCAGAGGGCCUGAAAAAGAGAAAGGAUAUGCCACUGAUGAAAGUACCGUCUCUUCUGUACAAGGUUCUAGGUCUUAUAGUGGAAGAGGCAGAGGUCGUCGGGGCCCUAAUUACACCUCCGGUUAUGGUACAAAUUCUGAGCUGUCUAACCCCUCUGAAACGGAAUCUGAGCGUAAAGACGAGCUGAGUGAUUGGUCAUUGGCAGGAGAAGAUGAUCGAGACAGCCGACAUCAGCGUGACAGCAGGAGACGCCCAGGAGGGAGAGGCAGAAGUGUUUCAGGGGGUCGAGGUCGUGGUGGACCACGUGGUGGCAAAUCCUCCAUCAGUUCUGUGCUGAAAGAUCCAGACAGCAAUCCAUACAGCUUACUUGAUAAUACAGAAUCAGAUCAGACUGCAGACACUGAUGCCAGCGAAUCUCAUCACAGUACUAACCGUCGUAGGCGGUCUCGUAGACGAAGGACUGAUGAAGAUGCUGUUCUGAUGGAUGGAAUGACUGAAUCUGAUACAGCUUCAGUUAAUGAAAAUGGGCUAGAUGAUAGUGAAAAAAAACCCCAGCGACGCAAUCGUAGCCGCAGGCGUCGCUUCAGGGGUCAGGCAGAAGAUAGACAGCCAGUCACAGUUGCAGAUUAUAUUUCUAGAGCUGAGUCUCAGAGCAGACAAAGAAACCUCCCAAGGGAAACUUUGGCUAAAAACAAGAAAGAAAUGGCAAAAGAUGUGAUUGAAGAGCAUGGUCCUUCAGAAAAGGCAAUAAACGGCCCAACUAGUGCUUCUGGCGAUGACAUUUCUAAGCUACAGCGUACUCCAGGAGAAGAAAAGAUUAAUACCUUAAAAGAAGAAAACACUCAAGAAGCAGCAGUCCUGAAUGGUGUUUCAUAAACUGAAGAAGUUCCUAGUUUACAGUUCUUUUACAUUACAUUUACAAUAGUGCUUGUACAAGCUUGCCAAAGAUAGAAUAUGGAUCGCCAGUCUUUACAUCGCACUUUCAGUUCCUCCAUUUGGAAUUCAAAAAGGGGAGGGAUCCUGAAGAAAUCAUAUGUUAAACAUACUUUGACACCUACUGUGUUAUAAAAUAUAUCAUCAGAUGUGCCUUGAGAAUAGUAUAUGUAACAUUAAAAAAAAGUUGCUGGCUAUAGGAAAUGUUAUUUUGUUUUCAAAAUAUGGCAGAGAUGGGGGGUGGUGGGUGGGGUGGGAUCCCUAACGUAAUAUUCUUUAUGAAAGCAUUAGCUGCUUUUGUUACAUUUUUAAUAUGCAACCACUUCUUCACCUGAGGAAAACUAGAAUGAAAUGCAGUCUAAAAUAUUUUGCACUGAAUUGUAAUUUCUUCAUUAGUUUAGUCUGGAAACUGGUCUGUUUUAAUGUGUUUUUUAAAUGCUGUAUGUAGAGGAAAAUCUGCAGACCACUGGAAUACAUUUGUUAAACUCUCAUCUGCAGGGACACUGGGCGAUACUUGGCAGUGACUGUUCUACCUUGAGGCUUUGUUUGGUUUAUUUAUUAAAGUGUACAGUAUUUAAAAAUCAAACAUAGCUUUAGUUAAAACACUAAGCUGAAUUAGUCAUGUCCAUUCAGACAUAACCUGAACUACUGAAAAGAUCAAUUUCCAGAAAGUUUAUUCUGUAUAAACUACAUGUUAGUCUUCAGUAGAGUAUCUUUUUUUUUUCCUUUUUUUUUUUUUUAUUUCGGUUGUUUGAUGUGCAAUAUGUUUUUGUAUGCAGGUAGUAAAUAAACUUUGAUCUUCCAUUUGCUGAA